AUGGGCAAAUUCCUCUACCACCUGGAAGAGAUGGUUAAAAACAUAGUAAUACCGGAUGAUUACACAAGGUUUGCAAUGAACUUCGAAAUAACCUUCACAAAGUCGUGCAAAAAGAUCAUCACAAACACGUGCAACAUAUUAAUUAAUAUGGUGUGCCAGGAAGUUCAAAGGUCUAAACAUGUACAGGACCAGCAUACAACCUCAUUUAACGAAUAUUAUCUAAACUUUUCACAAGGUUCUCUGGACCAAAGGAAAACAAAAUCCAAGGUAAAAACGAUUAAAAGGGGAGCAGGAACCUGGAUAUUCUCAGGAUUAGAAAAAUUAGAAAAGCUGGAGAAUAUUCACAGAAUAAUUGUAGCAAUCAUUGAAAUGUUAGUUAAGUUGAAUAAGAAAUUUAAGGAAUUACCUCAAGAUAAGACAAACUCGUUACUGUUCUCAACAUUAAACCACUCACAAAAUUUAAUUAUCAAUACGCUAUGUUACUGCUUCAUGCUGCUGGUAUACUCGUGUCCUCACGUGUUAUCAGUGUCCACAAUGUCCCGAGUUCUAAAUAUCGAAGACCUAAUAGAAAUUGCGAGAUCUCAAAAAAUAAUCAAAAAUAAGCCAAACCAUGUCAUGUUUAUGUCCAAGACGCUGUGGAAACUUAUAACAGCGAACUCUGGAAAGGAUGAUGUGUACCAAUAUCUGGAAACAAAAGGCAUAUUUCAUCACUCAAGUAUCUCUAGCGAAUAUAACAAAUACUCCGCUACUUUGGAUCUAAGAAUCCUCAAGGAUUUGUUCUACCUCUUGAACUUAAAACUCUACUUAAAACCCCUAGAAAUAACAAACAAACUCUCUGAAAUUUUCGUUGACGCCUGCAAUAGGCUUCUCUACAUGAUGCCAGAAGACCCUUCACUCCUCACAAAAUCUCAAGAUAUAACUCUCCCAUCGGGAAGAACAGUGAAAAUUAGCGACGAGUGGGCUCUUAAUCAAAGAAUCACAACAAGUCAAAAGGCAACCUCUGCAUUCAACGAAGCCAUCAAUAAACCAGUUUAA